CACAUUCUUCACCACAGUAGUGGUAAGGUCUUAAGUAAAAACUCAAAAGCAGAACUCUUUACGGCAGCGCAGAACAUCUUAACAUAAAACACACAAUAACAACUUCCAGUUAUAUCCAACAGACUGUCAAAAUAUUUGCCAAUAUGAACAUUACUGGGAAACAGGAUAUAGACACAGAAGAUGGUGAGGAGAUGAGUAUCUAUGUCAAUGUAGAAGAAAUAAACAAUUAUGAUGUCUGUAGAGGAACAGAGGACACCGUCACCAAGACAAAACCAACAUCUCAACACACAGGAAGUGGGAGUGUGAGAAGUUACAGAUCAGUUUCAGUGUGUUUGGUGCUGCUGUGUGUUCUUCUACUGACUGCAGUCAUAGUGCUGUGUGUCCUCAUCAAUACAAACAAUCAACAGUUUAACAUCAAGACCAAAAACAUCACAGAAGAAAGAGACCAGCUGCUUUUAAAGUACAAAAAUUUGACAAAAGAAAAUGAAAGAUUAUUAACCAACAAUAACAACCCAAAUGAACAACAAAACCAGUUAAUCCAGCAGAUAAAGGCAAUAAUGAAGACAGAUGGAUGGAAGGUAUAUCAAUCUAGUUUGUACUUCAUUUCAUCUGAGUAUAAGAACUGGACUGAGAGCAGAAAAUACUGUAGAGAGAGAGGAGCAGAUCUGAUCAUCAUUAACAACAAAGAGGAACAAGAUUUUAUCCAAAACAAUUCUGGUAUGCAACUACACUGGGUCGGUCUGACUUACAGUAGUGAUGAGGGCAGAUGGAAAUGGGUUGAUGGCAGCACAAUGAACUCUAGGUGAGAAAUCAAUCAAUUAAAUU